AUGACAACCUUUUUACAAGACCUACAACAAAAGUUGACCGAAUUAUAUCGAGACUUUCCUGAAGACAUUAAUAAUAUCCAAGUCCAGUUAACAUCUACUAAUUAUGUUAUUCAGACUCCAGACCAAACAAUUAAUGUCUCUACUGAAAGUAUUAGACAAACUAAUUUUACACCCUAUCUCCUCGAUCUUUUUAAUGCUGAAUUAGACUUUGACUUUGGGUUAUAUGUGGAAACUGAUCUUAAGAAGUUAUUAAAGUACUCAGAAAAUGUUAAUAACCCAAAUGGAAAAAGAAUACUUGCAUAUUCUUUAAUCGAAACACGUAUGAAUCAAUUACAACAGACAAUUACUAAACAAGAGUUACAAAAACAAUUAGGAAGGUAUAGUUCACAAAACAUUGCUCGUUUAAAAAGAAUCUCUAAACGAGCAUACAAAUUGUUACAGGAGAUAAAUGAAUUUCCUAUUCGACUCACAGAACGUGUAACCCCUCGUUGGUUACUUACUUUAUCUAAAAGGGAAUUUGAAACAUUUCUACAGAAGUGUAAUAGAAUGAAUAAUCUGGAACAGAAUUUCGCAGGAGCUCAAAACUAA